UGUGUAUUGGGAGUUAGAGUCUUCAGUCUUUCAUCAUGGCGACUGACUGCAACAGAUUGAAAACAUGUAAAGCUUGCAAGAAAAGAUGUUUUCAAAUUCAUUCUACCAACGCUUCAAAUUCCACUAUCUGGUCCUUUUUCAAAGUCAUGGAUGACAAGUGCCCACCUUUUUUGGAGAUUCCUUCCCGACAUGCAAAGCAAAUUCAGUCAGAUGAAUGCAGAUAUGUUAUUGUGGAGGGCCCAACUGGGUACCUUUGGGAGAGCAUACUCUGUUUUUGUGGCACUUCUCCAUCUUUCAAGACUGGUUGGGAAAAAUUCGUUUCGUAUCAUUCAAUCCAAGCUGGAGAUAUUAUGGUUUUCAGAAAUAUGGGAGAGAGACUGUUUGUUGUUCAAAUAUUCCAUCCCAGUGGAUAUGAAAAGCAAAUAACACACAAAAAAGAGGUUUCAAAACAAGAGGGUCCUGAUUUGUGCAAAAAUCAGGACCAACAAUGGCCCUCCGCUGAGCAUCCAAUAAUCUUGGACAGUGACUCAGAAAACCACUUUGACCAAAAGCCACCAUUGCCAUCACGUAGCCGUGUAAAACAUAAUGCUGAUAGUAAGCAUUCCAUGAUUCAACCAGGGCGUAAUUUUCGUUAUGCAGUGAAGCAUUCCAUGACUCAACCAGGGCGUAAUCUUCGUUAUGCAGUGAAGCAUCCUAUAAAUCAAACAUCAACUUCUGAUGCCACACCAGACAAUCCAAGGGAGAUAAGAGAAUUUACAAAGGUAAUGAAAAAGGCUGCGGUUACCAGGUCAUUUUGGUUGACCUUUCCAGUUAAGUUCUGUAGAAGAUGGCUUCCCCAAUCAAGGGUAGAAGUGGUGUUAUUAUGCCAGAGUAAAAAAUGGCUGGUGACAUAUGUAGGAAACCGUAAGGAACUUGGGAUUGGAUCUGGCUGGAAAGAAUUUGUUGUCGACAAUCAGCUUAAGGUAGGGGAUACUUGUACUUUUGCAUUGCAAAACACAGAAAAAUAUGUUUUUGAGGUCAAAAUACUCAGAGGAUAAUAUGAAAAUUUCAAGCCCAUUUUACAAGCUUUCAAGGGUAGGACAUGCCAUAAGGCAAGAGAAUAGAGCGGACAUGAAGUUCCAAGCCCAAAUAACAAAAUCAUAGGGCUAUUUUGGAUUUCUCAGUUGAAACUGCUAUUGCUAUGCUUAUAGUUGUUUUGCUAUAUAAUGUAAGAUUUGAGAAUUCCUAAUUUUGCUCUUUUAGUAAAUUCGUUACUAAUGUCGUAAUUGUUCUUA